AUGAUCAAAGCAUUAGUUUUAUUAGCCUGUUUAGUCACAUACCCACACGUCUACGGAGAAGCAACAUUUCAACAGUAUGCAGAUAUGAUGUUUCAAUUCGAUUCCGUCUUCGAAACCCUUUGCCUUGAGAAAACGAACGACCCCAAUGAAGCCCGUCGUAUGGUGACGGCUAACCAGGAGUUACAGAACUGUGUCAAUCGACACCACGAUCCACAAAAUUUCACCAGCGCAUUGGAUGCACUGACUGUUGAAAAUCGGGUGCAAUUCAUCAGCUACAACUGCGAGCAGUUUGAAAAAAUCAAACGAUGCUAUCAUCCUUUCACCCAACAACUAGAAGUGUGUUUCAGUGAGCGCGACAUUGCGAUGGCCAAAAGUCUCAUCAUGCUGGAAGAGGAGUUCGACUACAUCUGUGAAAAUGAUGGCACGAAUAUAAUCCCAACAGGAUCGUCGAACUAUUCGUAUUGUGCCGGGAACUUGAAGGAACUCUUGUGCGAUUGUUCCGUAUCGGAUUGGAUUGAACUGAAACAUGAAACGAUUGCCACAAUGACUGCUCGACACUGCAGACUGUUCCAAAAACUUGUGACUUGCUUCCAGGAUAAUAUUACCAAAUGUGGUGCACCUCUAUUUGCACAUCUUUUCAACAUACGUUACCAAGCGUUUUUGAAGCAAACGUCCUGUGAUGUAACUGGCUCCCACUGA